ACAAAGUGGUUUAUCAAACUACUCAUUUUUCAUUCAAUCUGCAAAGAGAGAAUUACUCAAUUGUGCAGCGAAUUGAGUGCUUUCUCUUUUUUGUUCAGAAGGGUGAUGCCAGACCAAUUAACUUUAUUUUCUGAUUUGCAGACGGAUUUUGCAGUACUGCCAAGUUCUGAUAUAUCAAAAGACAUUGCUUUAUCAUGUACCCCAUUUGGUGGCUGUUCAAAGUGCUAAAAUUAAAUGGCGUUCCAAGGUUUUGUUAUGUUUGCAACAAAUGCACUUUGCAAACUUUGGUAGAACACAAAGGAAGCUUUCCGUAAAAGCCAAUAACAAUAAAAAUCUGCAUUAUCCGAUGAAAUUAGUAACUGCGACGGGUCGAGACAAUUACUUUUAUACGUGGAAUAUGAGACCGCAACAAGUUCAUGAUUCAAGCGCUAUCGAAACAUUGCUAAAACUUGAUGCAGCCAUAUCUUUGAAAAAUGUUUCGGAAAUUAUUGAGAAUUUAUGGCCUCUAAUAGAAAAAUAUGAAAAACAAGUGAACAAUCAUGAUUUGAGUACUUGGUUUAGGGCCAAUCUUUAGGUGAAAGAUUAGCGAUUAAAUUAAAAUUAAUCCUCGAAAGAUGUUUUUGAGUACUCAAUUAGUUAAUUUUGUUUGCAAGUUUAAGCUCCCAAUGGAGGUGGUUUAA